CCGCUGCUCGUCUCGGCCCCUCCACUCGCACCAGCCGCCGCCUCUCCAAGAGCCUCGAUCGAGAACUAGCGGCGGCGGACAUGGGCCAGAUCCAGUACUCCGAGAAGUACUUCGACGACACCUUCGAGUACAGGCACGUCGUCCUCCCGCCGGAAGUCGCCAAGCUCCUCCCCAAGAACCGCCUCCUCACCGAGGCCGAGUGGCGCGCGCUGGGCGUGCAGCAGAGCCGCGGGUGGGUGCACUACGCCGUGCACAGGCCGGAGCCGCACAUCAUGCUCUUCCGCCGCCCGCUCAACUUCCAGCAGCAGCAGGAGGCCGCCUCCGCCGCGGCCCAGAUGAUCGCCAAGUGAGGAUCGCCACUGGCGAGGGCGGUGGCGACCGGGGGUUUGGACUUCGCGAAACCCUAGGCCCCUUUCCAUCUCUGAAAGGGCGGUUGUGUCACUUCUCGUUGGUUGCGACCUAGUUUCUGUCGUCAGGAUCUAGUGAUGUCGGUGUGUCCACUAUGUGUUUGUGGAAAUGCCUGGAAGGAACUUGUGCUGUGUGUUUUUGUCUGUGUGACUCUGUUAUCGUCGGUACUCUUGAAUGCUAAGUUUUUAUGUGA